AUGACCAUGAUAGCACACUUCAGCGCCAUCUCUGUACCUUUAAACGCAGCUUCGAAUGCAUUAAAUGCCGCCUCUAUCUUUUUCAAAAUUAUCGAUGCGCCGAAGCCGGUAACCUCUGGAUUGAUUGGCACCGCAAUAUCGUUGGAUGAGGAUCUCACUCUUACCGAUAUCGAUUUUGCAUACCCAACGCGUCACGAUGUGCGUGUUCUGCAGGGCUUCAAUGUGCGAAUUCCAGCUGGGAAGACCACAGCUAUCGUGGGACCAAGUGGUUCGGGUAAAAUUGCACUCAUCUCGAGAUGGUAUGAGCUUGGUGGAAUUGAUCCUAUCAGUAACUAUCUGCGCAGAGGAGAAGUCAAGAUUGGAGACAUUAGUCUCAGCAGAAUUGAUCUCCAUUGGUGGAGAGCACAACUAGGGUUGGUCCAACAGGACCCCUUCCUCUUCAACGACACCAUCUUCAAGAACGUCGAGUACGGACUUGUUGGUACCGAGCAUGAAUUCGCUACCGAUGAGAUCAAAAGAGCGCUCAUUGAACGCGCCUGCAAGGAUGCUUACGCAGAAGAGUUUAUUCACAAUCUACCCGAGGGCUAUUCGACAUCCGUGGGCGAAGUUGGUCUCCAACUCAGUGGCGGCCAACGUCAGAGAAUUGCGAUUGCAAGGGCUAUCGUGCGUAAUCCAAGUAUUCUCAUCUUUGAUGAGGCCACAAGUGCACUGGACGUCACAAGCGAGCGUAUCGUACAAGCAGCUCUAGCCAAAGCAUCACACGGCCGCACGACGAUCGUUGUCGCACAUCGGCUGUCGACCAUCAAACUGGCAGAUCAGAUCGUAGUUGUUGCAAAAGGUCAGGCAACCCAAGUAGGAACGCAUGAUAGCUUGUUAGAAGAGGUCGGCGGUGCGUAUUGGAAGCUGGUGAACGCCCAAAAGCUUGCGACGACCAGCGGAAAGCCUAGGGAUGACAGUAUCUCGACGAAUGAUGGGGACGACACGAGUAGCGCUAUACAAGAGAAAGAGUGCCUUGACACUCAGAUUGAGCGGCAAUCUUCUGGGCAGCUUAAACAAAACUGGUCCAGCUAUGUCUUGAUUCUUGUUGCUGCCGCAGGCGCUGGCUCAUCAUCUCCCAUACAGGCCUACCUGUUCGCACGACUGAUCUCCGGCUUUUCUUACUGGGGUGAAGCUCUUGUUGCUGCAACAUCACUCUUGUGUCUCAUGCUAGUGGUUGUUGCGAUAGGAGUUGGGCUGAGCUAUCUCGUGCUCGGUUGGGUAUCGAACACUGCAUCUGCUCAUACCGUCUCACAUUAUCGCCGGGAAUAUUUCAGAAACAUCAUUUCCAAGCGAGUGGGGUUCUUCGACGACCCUGAUCACUCAUCCGGCCUACUCACAGCUCGUAUAGCUACUGACCCGACGCAAUUACAACAGCUGCUUGGUCUGAACAUGGCCAUGGUGAUGAUUUCAAUCUUUAACCUUAUUGGAUGUAUUGCGAUUGCUGUCACGUUCCAUUGGAAGUUUGGACUCGUUGUCAUUGCAUCCUCAUUACCAAUCAUCCUUGCUGGUGGUUGGUAUCGUGUGCGGCAUGAAAUUCGUUUCGAAGCGCGCAACAACACGGUAUUCGCUGAAAGUGCGCGAUAUGCCACGGAGGCCAUUGGGGCAAUCCGAACAGUAGCUAGCUUAACGAUUGAGAGCACUGUCUGUCACAAGUACGAGACUAUGCUCAAGGACCAUGUCGCCAAGUCUUGGAAUGAGUCGAGGAUAUCAUGUGCAGCCUUUGCGCUGAGUGAUAGCCUGGUGUUGCUGUGUAUGGCUUUCUCGCUCUGGUGA